AUGGUGGAAAGUCCUAUGUGUCGAAUGCCUGGUUCUCUUAAGGAGAAUUUAUUAGUGGCUGUAGUAGUCCAGUACCAGAAGAAAUAUCUUAUGAAAGUAGUGGGCUUGACCGGCCUGCACGGCUUCAUCUUCUACUUCCUGGCUUCCGUCCUCCUUUCCGUGCUCUUGGUGUUAAAAGCUGGACGGCGGUGGAAUAAGUACUUUAAAUCCCGAAGGCCACUUUUCACAGGGGGGCUUAUAGGAGGGCUCUUCACAUAUGUCCUGUUCUGGACUUUCCUGUAUGGCAUGGUUCAUGUCUACUAA